ACGGUCACUCUGAAUUAAAAUUUCAGCCCGUUAAGUUGGAAAACAGCGAGCAGAGCGAAAAAAAUACAACCACAGCGAAGACGCACACACGCACACAUAGACAUCGAUAUUUCCCCGUUGUUAAGUCGAAAAAGUGAAAAAUCAAAAGCUGCGUUUCUUAGCCAAUUACCUGUUCAUCACAAUCAUGAAGUUCCAAUACAAGGAGGAGCACGCCUUCGAGAAACGUCGCGCUGAAGGCGAUAAAAUCCGUCGCAAAUAUCCAGAUCGUGUGCCCGUGAUCGUCGAGAAGGCACCCAAGGCACGUAUCGGUGACCUGGAUAAGAAGAAGUACCUGGUGCCUUCCGACCUGACUGUCGGCCAGUUCUACUUCCUCAUUCGCAAGCGCAUCCACCUGCGUCCCGAGGAUGCACUCUUCUUCUUCGUGAACAACGUCAUUCCACCAACAUCGGCAACCAUGGGCUCCCUGUACCAGGAACACCACGAGGAGGACUACUUCCUGUACAUUGCCUACUCCGAUGAGAAUGUCUAUGGCAUGGCCAGGGUCAACUAACUCUGCUCCGGUUUGCAUCGGAAAACAACCCCCUAUACAGAAAUCUAUAUAUAUAUAAAAUAUAUUUUGUGUUUAGCAUGCAGCUUAAAAUAUGGACGCGAGUUAGCUAAACGAAUUGAGGAAACCGCAGGAAAUGCCACACAAAAAGAACUUGAAAAUGAUCUGAACCAGGGCAACAAAAAAAAUCCACAAAACAGAAAACUACAAAAGAAUUGUUAUGUGAACAUUAUUUUAUAUAUAUACAUUUUGCUAAACGCGUUAGUAUUUCAAUUAAAAUCUGCUUUGUCCUACCAUUAACCCCCCGAAAACAGAUCUAUUCACACUCUUCUUCGGCCCAUCUAAUUUCCAUUGCUGUACUUGAUCCGUGCGAUUGCACCACAAGUACUUAACUUUACUUUGUUUGCUUAUUUCAAUGAUUUCACCCUUUUUUUUUUACAAUACAACAAAAUUUUGUGCAUAUUUAGUGUGUAUGGUUACGAAUAGGACUCUCUCGGUUAAGUGUACGGUAAUUAAUCUAUUAUUAAAUAAACAAAAACCACAAAAAUACA